CCAAGCAAAAGCAUAAGUAUUCAACCCAGGUUUCAAAACGACCCGUGAUCAGCAGCAGAACGGAUAGUCCGUGGUGUUGCACAAUUCGGGAAUUUCUUGGAAUGAAAAACCACGGAUAAACGAAGACUUAUUAUUUUCUUCUCCGUGAAAGCAACAACACGUCGAAAUACGGGAGAGAAGAAUAUACGAGCGACGAAAGGAAAAUAGGAUCAAAAGCCAACCACACUAGGAGCCGCAACAAUAUCGAAAAUUACUGUACGCAUUUAAUGUGUCGAGUGUCGUCAUAAGCAUCAGCUUCUCGCUCGUUUCGGAGUGUGUAAAAAUCAAGUGUCCGAAUGGAUAGAAGUUUGUAGAUAAUGAAACAAGUACGAUGGUUUACAGUUCAAAAUCGAUGCAGUGAAAAUCUUUGUGUUUCCUGGCGGAUGAAAUAAGUGCAAUAGAAUCGGGAAAGGAAGUGUAAUAAAGGUUAAGAAUUAGUGGGCAAAUAGUAAGAGGAUGCUAAAGCAUCUUAUCGGAGCUGCAGAAACACAAAUUACCCGAAGCAAAUGUCAAUCUGGGAAUAAACGUGUAAACCACCAAGUGAACCGUAUGGUGAAAAAGUGCAAUAUUACAGUAAUCGAUCUAGUCACCCAUAUGUGUUUUUGGGAAAUGUUAAUUGAAGAAGAUCAUUAAAAAAAGGGAAUCAUAUCGAUCUUUUCACAGUUUCACAGUGCGACCCCUUUGCUGUACUUAGUGGAAAGUGCGGUUUUUUUUUAAGAAAGUUUCUUUCGGUAGUGUGCAUUGUAUUCCUGCAUUCCUGAUGUCUCAGCAGGAAGAAAAAAAGGUGAAUAGUGCAAAUCACUAGUGCGUCUCUCUGUGUUGGUCGAAGAAGAAAGUUUCGCUCUGUAUGUAAUUCCGUGUGUAACAAAGAAUGAUGUGCCAUAUUAGUUUGUAUUUAUUAAAUUUGUAUGAUCGAAGAAACUGCCGAUGUUUUUCACUCCAUUUGUGUCGCAUUCGGUUGUAAGGGAGAAAACCAUAGUUCUAAAGUAUCAUUAGACAGUGUAAUAAGGUGGUGACCGCAAGGGAAAUAAACGAAAACAGGAGCUACAUCACGGCAAGCGAGACGCGGGGGCAUUGUGCAAUUAUUUAUGUACAGUGGCCACCAGGACGGUUUCCGCUGUGGUGGUGGUGGUGGUGGUGUGAUACAGCAAUCCUGUAGUGCAGCAUCCCGUAUCGUACGCGACGUCACGAGAACGCUUGGUUUGAUGUGCACAGAAUGCCCAACACAAACGAAAGCUCACAUUCCGGCACGACUACGACGGCGGCGGCGGCAGCAGCAGCAGCGGCAGCGAACGCCGGUGACGACCUCGGCAGCACAGACGAGGUGAAAGUGUUCAAGGACGAAGGCGACCGGGAGGAUGAAAAGGCUUCAUCGGAGAACCUGCUGGAGGAAAAGUUUAAUCUGAUCGAUCUGACGGAAAGUGCGGAAAAUCUGGUUAAGAACUCGUCCGCCCGCCAGGACCUUAGCCCUGCGUAUGUGCCCGCCAGCCGCUCCGAACCGACACCGAACAGUAGUGGUGCGGCAGCUGGGAGUGGUGGCGGUGGUGGUGGAGGUGGUAGCGGUGGAACCAGCAGUGCCGGAAAGCUUAACUCUCCGGACCAUUCGCCCGGUUUCAGCGGGAUGGGUUAUCUGCCACCGUACCAAUACUCGAGCGGGACGGCCAGCGCACUGCAGGCGGCCGGUUCGAUGGGCAAAGGAGCGCUCGGACUGUCCCAGUUCUUCUGCAAUGAGGAUGUGCUUUCCAAUCCACCGCCCGCACACUGUGGCAUCUUGCCGUACCAGCUCGAUUCGAAAGCGAUCGGUCUGUCGGCGCGGCAGUCGCUCUAUUCCUUCUCCACCAGCCAAUACCCGUACCCAUCGAUACUAUCCUCGAACAUGUUGCCCGUUCCACCGUCGUGGCAUACACCCUCCAUGUACUCUACGGCGCCCACCUUCCGCAAUUCUUACCCCUCCUCGUUACAGAUCUACACCACGCUGGCCAGCGAUCUAUACUCGCGCUACCAAUCCUCGCAGUCGCUGCUUAACUCGGUCCACUCGCACAACGUGCUUAACCAGAGCUUGCAGCAGGUGAAGCAGGAAUCGGGCGUGAGCUUGCUGGGGGCCGGAGGGAACGGAAUCGGACCGGAUAUCGGUGUCGGACAUAACUACAGCGUUCGGCAACACGUGCUCAGUCCGGGAAGCAAAUCGGCCGUCGUCGAUCUACCGCAGGAGCUGACGAAUCGUUUCGGUCGGGCACAGAGCGUUGGAAGUACAGGGAGUGGAGGUGGUGGUGGUGGUGGUGGUGGCGGUGGAAGUGCUAUCGGUAGCGGGGCAAGCAGUGGCGGAAGCAGUGGCAGCGGAACCGCCAGCGGAGGAUCGAAGAAAAAGUGUGCCGCCGAGCGGACACAUCAGCAGCAACAGCAAGCGCAACAGCAAAACCAGCAGCAGCAACCAAACCGACCCCAUAUCAAGAAGCCGCUGAAUGCGUUCAUGUUAUACAUGAAGGAAAUGCGCGCGAAGGUGGUGGCCGAAUGUACGCUGAAGGAGUCGGCCGCCAUCAACCAAAUACUUGGCCGCAAGUGGCAUUCGUUGUCGCGGGAUGAACAGAGCGUGUACUACGACAAGGCGCGCCAGGAACGGCAGCUCCACAUGGAAAUGUAUCCCGGCUGGACGGCACGGGAUAACUAUGGCUAUGGUUCGAAAAAGAAGCGGAAAGCAAAAAAGAAGGAUCAACUUGGCAGCGAACCUCCGAGCAGGCGUAAAAAAAUUUGUAUACGUAAUGAGGAAUCUGACAACUACGAUGGAUCGCGUAUGUCGGACGAAUACAUGGGAAGUUACGGGACGGUAGUGUAAUAAAACACCUCUAAUGCAUCUCCCUUCCUGACCGACCUGAGCCACCUUCGCGUGCCGCCACGUUGAGGGUCUUUGCUGGGAAGAUCUGGGCCCACACCUCCCGAAUACAUCCCAGCAACUCCCUCGCCACGGUAAAGGAAGCAGCAGCGGCGCGAUGAGAAACGCGAAACCUUACCCAAUAAGACUUCAAACGACACCGUGUAUAUGUGUAGGAACUAGCAGCAUAAGUGAAACAAUCGUUUGGGAGAGCAGUGCGUGCCAAGCCUAAGGAGAACGAAUAGUGGCGAUAUCUCUGUUAGCAUUUAGCGUGAGGAUCGGAAAAUGUUUUACUUUUAGACUCAGCCAAAGGGGGGAAACGACACUCACCACUCAGGGGUGGGGAAGUUGUGCCAGAACGAAUUUCUUACGUUUUUAGUCAUCUGUGUUCUAUUACAUUGCAUAAUGUGUUUGUAGGUGGUAGAAAUACUUGGCCAAAGAUAAUGUAAGCGGGGGAAUGAGAUAAUAGACACAAUGUAAUUGUUGAACAUAAUUUCAGUGCAAUCCUGCAACUCCUGACGAAUGCACGCCGAACACACAUCUCUAGCGAAAAAUUUUGGAUGGUGAUACUACACCGGAUACUAUUAAUUUCUGUUCUAAGAAAUUAAAAGAAACCUCCCCAAGAAAGCUAAUAUCCAUUUUGGAAUCGUACUUAAACCUGCCCUGAGUUCACCAAACAAGUAGGAAAAUGGAAGGAUCAAACGUUUGGGCAUUUUUUGAGUUCAAGCUAUAGUUGCAGGCAGUCUCAAUGAAGAGAAAUAGGCGUGCGUGUUGCCUCGAGGGGUCGAGCACACCUACUCAGUCGAAUUAAUAAUCAAGUACAGGGAUGCCAUCGUUGGCACAAAAGAAUAGGAAGAUACCACAGAGAUUAAAACUCAGAAUUUCUCUAGACUCUUAUGCACAGCAUUCUUGGAGCGUGUUAUAUUGUUUUUUUUUUUGUUUUUGUGGAAAUAUUUGGCAAAACAAAGGAGUUUUAGUUUAGUUUCCUUUCUGCAUCAUCACGUGGAAUCAUGCGUUGGUUUGGGAACCAGUGAAUAAACGAGCUAUAGUCAAUCGGUAAGUCAAUAUCAUCAUGAUGAGAAAUGGUUGCAACCUGUGUGGAGUCUUUUUACAAACAGCUAAAGAUGAUUCCAAAAUCCAGAGGUUAGAGAUCCUUGAAUAUACAUAUAUAUAUACAUAUUAUAUAUAAAGAUAUACAUUGUAGGUAUUUUUAGCAGAUAAGAGACAGAAAAGGGUUUUCUUUUCGUUUUUUGUUUUCGAUAAUUGCUGUACGAAGGAUCCCGAUCGGUUUGCAAAGAGCGGCAUAGACAUUGAAGUUGCUGGAGGAGAAUCGUAUUGAAUUGUGAACUAAUUUGACAUUUAGUUUUUGCUGCUUUUAGUUAGAGUCCCUCAAAAAAUGUAGAGUUAAAAAGUGUAUAUGACCUUAGUUUUACGUCAAAUCAUUCUCGCUAUUAUGUCUCGUUUAAUGUCGCCCAUGUGCCUGGUGUUCUGGCAACAAACAUUGCCCUGAAACGUUGGCUUAUGGUGCAAAUGUUUGUAAAAUUAAUAAGUCAUUCAAUUUAACUGUAAAAUUGUGUUUAUGGAACAAACAGAAGAAGAAAAAAGCCCUCCACGGCGUACACCGUUUAUCGUUAUCACCUGUCAAUUUGGAACCGUAAACAUCUCAACCGGAACUACGUUAAUUUGCGCUGGAGCUGGAUUUUCAUCACCGUUCGUUGCUAUCAUAAUGCUAGAACUGAUAACGGGGAGGGGUGGUAUAAACAUCGUGCCCAGGCUCUAACAAUAUUCGAGUAUUGCACCUUUCGCACAAUGGUAGCAGAAGAAUGGAUGGUACCGGAACAAGGCUAAUUAAAAACUUCCGCGAAACCGAACCGGAGUUCCCUCGGUAAUCAUCAUUCUUUUUUCAAUACCAUCUCCCUCCAUCGUGUCCUGGGUUUAGCCAGGACAGUUCUGCCCUGUCCAUCUCGUUUUGCUCGGUGUCGUGCGCCAUUUUGCGCCCUUAAUUUCUGUGGCCUAUGCCUCUGGUGCUCUGGUAGACGAGCGAAAUUGAACCUUCGGGUUUGUUCUACGGCAUAGGGAUCUGUCGGCGCCUGUAUCCUUCUUACCGUCGCAAGGGAUGGUGAAAGUAAGAAUGUAAUUGUAUGUGUAUGCGCCUCAGUGAGAAGGUGGAGUUGAGUUCUCGUCCCCGUGCUGAUGGUGUGCCGUUUGCAGUCAGCUUUAGUGUCAUCAUUAGAGGAUUCGCUAAUAAUCGGGUUCGCGCUCUGUUGGCACGGGAGUAACAACGGCGCUCUUAGACUCGUGGUUUUCGUGAGGGAUAGAUGAACUCAACCGAGGCUCUAGCGGGUUAGGGCUUUAACUAGGGGGAAAAAUAAAAUCUCCCUCCAUCUUUCUCGCUCUCUCCUCCCCGCUGUCUGUUCCACCUUCACCGCUUUACUAUUGUCGUCAAUGUACCCGGUAACAUCAUCUCAUCAUCGAAGCGAAGAACGAAAGAUGCUGUUUGUUCUGAAGUAAUCGAAAAGGGAGUAUCCCGGAAUACGAACGGUGUACACGGGGACCAAACCAUGCAUCAUGUGUUUCGAAUAAAUAAUUUUAAUCUUCUAAAUGAGAAUCGUGUAAAGGAGGGCAUUCGGGGUUAGAAUCUGCAGAACUGUCGUUAAAAAAACGACAAAAUGAUAGGAGCAAUAGAAGUUGUGGUUUAGAAUCUGUUAAAUGUUGUUGCCCAGUUAAAAGAAGCUAAUUAGAAGUAUAAUAAAAUACUUUUUUGCUCCUUUCAGCCAUUUUUUGUGAGCAAGAAAUAGACACUACAAAACGAAAUGGAUUAGCAUAUGUUGAAAGGUAACGAAUGUGAAGCAAAAUUACAAGUUGUUGCAACACACCAACACAAAAACCCUAGACCACGAUCCAUUUCAUCGUAACAUUUAAUAAGCGUCCUAGGCUUGAGGGUUGAGUGAAACGUUUCCAUUUUUUUCCCUUCGAAUGCGGUGGACCGGGUUGCAGUUAGCAUAAAAAGGGAUUAAUGCAUUGUGUGCAUCACCGUCGGUUCUUUCAUACACAAACACACACACACACACAGAGACGUGUCUUGCAGCGAAACAAUGCAGUAGAAUGCCGAACUGAAAUGACACAACUACUGCAUGUGUGUAGCGCGUAUUAUCAUCGUGAUGAAUUUACUUGCGAAAUGCGCUCAUUCAUCGGAGUGGGGGUUUUUUUUUAUUUUCUAUGUCAUUUUGGAAGUGAAGUGAGCGUAAGCAAGGCUACUACUAGUAGGUGCACCCUAUAUUCCACUUGUGUGCCAUAGACGCACGACAUGUAUGGGCCGCGCCCCGGGGAUGGGUUUAAUCUUUAAAUGAUUUCUAGGACGACGCGAAAGGGACGCCCGUAAGGGCUCAGCUCAGCAUCCCUUACACAGGGUCGGAGGGAUAGAGCGACGAGAGUGUGAGACACAGGGCCAAAGCGUAUUUACAACAGAAAGGCAAACAAAAGCGGCAACUUUUAACAACAACAAUAACAAUAACCACAGCACACGCACACACACACUCCCAUCCUGCCGUGUCUUUCGUGCGUCCAUAUAAAAGCCACAGUGAAAAGGUGGAAGAGCUCUAGCGCGAGCGAAAGGGAGGUUUUUUUUUGGGGGCGAAAAAUAAAGGAUGUAAAUAUAAUUGUAAACAAUACUUUGCCUCCAUUCCAUUCACUGGUUCGCGCACACAGGCAUUCAUUGCGUCACAGGCGUCCUCCAUCGUGAUCAAGUAUCUUGUAGGAACUCUCAGGUCGCAGGAACUUUUCUCAUCCAUUCGGCACCAGGAAGGUGAAAUCCUAUAGUACACACGGUGUGUAGGCUUUACAUACAUAUACCAACCAAAAGCGAGAGAGAAAAAAAAGCGCACACCGUCCCCGCGCACCCAUUUGUUGACGUUUUGCCGGACGGACCGGGGGGGGGGGGGGGUUGUUCAUGUAAACAGCAUAUGGCUUACGCGAGGAAAAACAUCAUCGUUUUGAUAUGGUUCAGCUGGUGCUAGACGAAGUUUCACGCGUGUUUUGCCUUACCGGGCAAAAGAAAAUGAAGUGCUUGCCUUGUAGUGGUGAAGAGUAUAAGGCGAAUAAACACAACUAAGGGGUGUACUACGGAAAGGGGGGCGGGGGAUGGUCCGGUACCAUUAGGCAAAGGAAGGAGGAAGAGUUGAAGAUAUUUUUCCCUCACGAAAGAAUGAGGAUUUACCAAUUCAUAAAAUGAUACGAUUUAUUCGACUUGAUGUAGUAAGAAGGGCAGCUCUGGAAUGUAUGUAGCACGUGGUUAUUGCUGAUUGUUUGGUGUCGCUCUUCAGUACACCACUUUUCUGGAAGAAGGUGAGAUUUGAGUACAAAUCUUUGCAUUUGAUUGACAUGAAGUUUCAUAGAGGCAAUUGUUACUAACAACAAACUGACUGAAGAUUACAAUUGAUGACUUCGGUCCACGAAAUGACCAGGAAAUUAGAAAUUGAGAGAGUUGACAAUGGGCAAGAUUGAACAAGAUUGAAGUAAUGGUUCCAUCAUAAACCAAAUAUCUAUUGAAAUCGAUCGAUCUAGCCAACAAUCGAUCAACAAUCAUGAGGAAAUGGAAAAAUUUUAAUAUUAUUAAACCAAAAUCGCUGGAAAAUUGAAACAGUUUCACAAUGCCUAAUAUUGCAUCUCUCAGUUCCGUCGUCUGCAGACACAAAUACGGUGUGUCGGAUGGAGUCGGUCCACAUUGAACCGUGUGUGGAACAUCAAACGCAACAACGGCCCAACAACACAAAUUUCCCAUUCACCCAUUUUCUAGCGAUUAGAAUAUGUUGACCAAACCUAAACUAAAAGCAUCAACCCAAUCCACCUAUCAGAUGGGAAACAGUUCAAGGAAGGAAAAGCGCGAAAGGAAAAGAUAAACUUAAAUAAACAAAUAUCAAUAUGUGAUGUUGUAUGGGGGCGUGUGUGUGUGUGUGUGUGCGUACUUCCCUUAGAUGUAUAAAUAACCGAAACAAAACAAAAACAAAAAGAUUAAUGUUUUGUUGUGAUGUACACCGAUUAUCUUUUUCCUCCCUUUAGACCGGUUGGACAAGAAGUGGGCGAAAAGCCAGACAAGGGGAAAAAAGUGAUGUUCAUGCACAAGUUUCAGUGUCGGCAUUUCUUUACAUAUUUCCCCGCGAAGAAAAUGGAACGAGUUUUACCUUUAUAAUAGAAUCGAAUUGUAACUGUUUCUACAGGGUGUAGCUGAAAGUGUUAUUAGACUUUUUUUUUUAAUUUGAUUCAUCACCUGUAGAAAAUGGCGGACAGCGAUGAUCAAAGAUCCUGUGGCAUUGAAUUUUCCAAACAAAAACAAAAAUAGGACUCAAGAAAGGAUUAUUCGGGUCGUUAUAUCAACGUGCUUUUACUGCUUUUUUCAGCAUAACAGUUGUUUUCCAUUUUUACAAAGAAAAGAAAAAUCGAAUAUUAUCAUAUUGACACACCCUGUGUUAAAUUUUAUUUUUCUGCAUAUGUGUUUUUCCCAUACUGAAGCACUUGUUCCUUUAGUAAGUAAACAGUAUCCUAUUUGCUACUAAUUACAACAACUCGUGUACAAAUCUAUGUUUACAUUCACAAAUUUCCACGAUUCCGAUUCUCCCCUCACUCGCUAUGAGUACAGCAAUGGAAAGAUAAAUAAUACCCAACAAAAAACCAAAAAACCCGAAUUGACAACGAUAACAGCACAAGAAUAUCCGGAAGGAUAUGCAAAUUAAAACCUCGGAAAGUCUGAGAGGAUAACGUCGUAACCGCACCCCUUCAAACAGAUGAUGCGCGCGAGAUGAAUGAGGUGAAAACUUUCCCUUCGUGUUUUUUUUUGUAAUGAGAAUUUUCCACCAUACUUUAUCAUCGACCGAAAAUUUCCUCUUUCUUGUCUUCGAGCGAUACCGUUUUGUUGUUUUUUCCCUAACAGAACAUUUCAAGUAUUAUUUGGACAAAUAUAGCUUGUUUCCUGGAUGAAGCAUUUUUAAUAUCGGCCCUUUUGGGGAAAGCUGCCGGCUCUGGCGGAAUAUUCACGAACGGUUGAAUGUGAUUAGACGGCCGACUCAAUGUUAUCCCCCCGUAACACCGAAAGGUUUCAGAUUACAUUGCACAUGUUCGAAACAGCGUGUAAUGUUAAAUAUUUCAAUCUGGUAGAAAAUAUCGAAGGGUGUUCCCCGCUACGGAAUUCUAGAUAGUUUCGAGUGAAAGAAUCUGUCAAGCAGCGGACAAAUAAAUGCUGCUUGUAAAAAGGGGUUUUUGGCGUACAAAAUCUGCGCAUGAUUACGCAGCCGUGUAAAAGCACGUAUGCUCCUUGGUCUUUCGCCGUUACAAUGCAGCAUUUGCUGUGUGCACAUGCACGGACAAGAUUUCACUGUUUCUAAUGGUUCGCAUUUUUUUCCGAUGCAUUCUAAUGUUAUGCAAGUCUUUCCUUUUUGCGCUCCUCCUCUUUCCUACAAAGUUAUUCAACACGUACAACAAAAAAAAAAACGUCAGCAAAAUCUACGCAAAACCAUCUCGGGGAAAAAAGAAUGCCAAGCAUCCUCUUCAGGUCAACCAGAAGAAGGAUUGCAAACCCGGUUCGGAUAGGCUUUUGAGUUCUACUUUUAACCUAUAACCCUUCUAGAGAGGGAGAGAGAGAGAGAGAGAGAACGAGAGAAAGAAAGAGAGAGAGAAAGAUAGUAUGUUGGCUCUUAGUUAUGCACAAAAGAAGUCUAUGGAAAGGAUGUAAGAUGUUAACGUCGCUCCUAAGGUCGGUUUCAAUGCUUCGGAAUUGUUGUUGUAUUAUUGUACUUCUUCCCAUUUUGCGGUGCAUGGAGCAAGAAAUGUGUGCUGCAGCACAACGGAAGGAAUGCAUCGCGAAAGGAUUUUUGUGAAAAUGUCAUGCACUUUCUUUUUUUGUUUUGCGCUGAGGGUGCAGUUGUGCACGUGCAUUUAUAAUGUCACUUGACACAGAUAAUUCACUACUUUUGUUAGUGUUUGGAUUGACUUCGGUUUUGCUAUAGUUUGAGGAAAUCUGUGUUGAUUUGGAAACUGCUACCCAGAGCAUUGUAUGGUUAAAAUUUCGCUCUUAUUGUAUUCAUUAUUUCGGGGUCUUGUAAUGAUUUAAUCAAGACAUAUUUCCGGUCCCAAAUCUUCGCUAGAAAUGUAAGAUUAUUUAUUUGAAAAUGUAACUGCAUCGAAUUCUGGAGUUAUUCAGAGAAUUCCUAAAAUAGCCCAACGUUUUUGUCGACUAACGGUCGAUAAAGAGCGGUUAGAAAAUUAACUAUGAAGAGGCAGAACAUUUUUUUGUCACCAACUAACUGGAAAAAAUCACUCCUUACAAAAAAGACGAGUUGAGAUUAGAUUCGAUCCAGGACAUUCAGUGUAUUAGACCAAGCGUCGAAGUACAAUUCCUCGGAAGUCCUGUUAACAGAGGCACAUAUUAAUUUAUGUCCUCAGUUUCUUUCCUUUUGUGAGCUUUGAAUGUGUUAUACUCAACAAAGGAAGAAUUUGCUCAUUAUGUAUCAUUACCCAAGGAACGAGUUUCUGCCACAUUUCCCAAACACUCGCUCACUUGGUGAGCAGUGAGAAAUGUUUUUAAUAACCUUUUUGAAAUAUGUUUUAACAUUCAAUUUAAAUCAUGCUGUGAUUUGUUUCCGUGUACAGCGCAAAGAGAAAGAGCGAAAAAAAACAUACAUUUUCCGGUGCCACACGUCUACGUCCUUAUUACCGGGUUUCAGUAACGACUGUCAAAACCGGAUGUCGAGAAUACAAACAGGAUUUCGACCCAAUGUGAUCCUUCGCUACAAUAAUAGGUUUUAGGGCACGCUUUUAAUGGUCACGUGCCGUGCCAGUGUAAGGUGUAUGGAAAUUUUACAAGCGCACAAAAAAUGACUAUUCUACGACAAGGAAGAGCAGGGGCGCGUUUUUUUUUGUUGCGAUAAGCAUUUCCAAAUGCCGGGCAUUAACAAUGGAGACCAGAAGAAAGGAUAAGGGGAAAAAUAGAGAAGAGCAUUCUUAAAAGACCAUUCCAAUGUCUAGAGCAGCAAAAUCAAUGAACUGAGACGUUUUGUAAGGGUUUUAUAUUUUUUUGUGGUAAGAUUUUAUUCCAUCAUAAGUUGGACCAAUCGAAACCUUUGAGUUGAGGGGUUAGUGCUUUUUUUUUUUGCUCCGCUUACCUCCGCUCGUUAUGUUUUUUCCAAGGGGUAUAAUGAUUGUACUAUCAUUACCAUCGCUAAUGUCGACAACACCGGGAGAAUUCAUCGAUUCCAUCGAUUAAGCAUGUCGAGCGACAAACACAAGCGCCCCCUGGAGAGGAACGGUGGAAUGAGAUUUUAAAAUAUCCCUUUUUGGCCUUUUCGAGCUGGAAGCAAAGGAUAUUCGUUCGUUCGUUGUACGAUGUAGACCGAGAGGGUUAGAAGGAUUUCAUUUUGCAAAUUUUCAGGCGAUGCUGCUGGUUUCCUAAUGCUACAACCCUUCACCCCGUGCACGGUAGGCGGAAUUUGCGCUUCACCGGCAAUUUGAUAAACACGAGCAGUAAAAGUGUGCCGUAGAAGGGAGGAAUAAGGCGCAAUGGAGCUAAGGCAAGCUCCACAAAAACACAACUCCACCACACACUCGUGUUCGUUGGCGCUUCAACUGGGACGUUGAUGAAUGCAAUUCUGCAAGGCGGUUUGCUGACGGGCUGACAACUUGGCUGCAGCAACCCCAGCACACACACACCUGUUAUUUACUUGCCUGUGGUGUGGCAGCCCGGCACCACCAGGCUCACAUGAGCCCCGAGACACAUGGGAAAGGUGUGUGUUAGUGUCCGUACCACCACAUGGCCGCUUAAUAUUUGCCGGCGGUAUAAAGAACUAAAGAAGGCAAAAUGCGCGAAGAAAAGGGGUGGUUGGGUAGUUUGAAUCCACUUUCAAUUCGUGCUGACUUUUCGACCCGGUUCUCUCGUGUGUGCAUCCUCUGCAUGCAAUCAAAAAUGUGCUUUCACAGCCAAACCGUGCCAUACUUACAUCGCGCAAAGGAAAAAAACCCUUCCUUUUUUGCCCUAUGUGCCCCUAUGUAAACGUUUGUUUCUUUGUACGCGUACACGUCAUGUUGGGAAUGGCGUACCUGCCGAGUCGACGAGGAGCCCUCCUGUGCGCUGUGAAGAUCCUCGCUUGGCUAGACGAUCGAUUACGAAUUCAGGCCUUGUUUUAAGUGUGGUCGGGUUGGGAGUUCCUUUCUUUCGAGAUGGCAAAGAGAAAACGGGACAGCAAUAGUUUACCUUUUCAUUAAUCGAAUGAAACGAAUGUCCUUAAAAGUUGAAGAACUACAAAGUUGUAUGAUGUUCAAUAAUGUCAAAAAAUAUAAUUCCUCAACAUUUAUUUACUUACUUUUUUGCAAAUUUGUUUCAAAUUUCUUUUAAUUUAUUUGAAUUCUUGUUAGAAUAUUACAAAAAAUCAUCGCAAGAGGAAACGUCCUCUUCCGCUAACAGUCGAAUCCUUUAAUUUUUUUUUGAACUAUUUGAAAAAUUAUAUUGGAGAAGUGUUUUUCAUCACUUAUUUGAGUGUUUUGGGUUCUAUCUUAGCAAUAUAGGCAAUAUUCGGCAAAUGUUCUCCUUUAACUAUUGGAGAGUUCCCCUGGACAUCCCUAUUAUGUCAGUUUGGCGGUUUAUUUCGAUGAACGAGUAGUUGCCAAAUAUCCUGUGGAAUAAAUAAAAAAACGCAAGCUAUGUGAUACACCCUGUAUAUUGAAUGGUUGAAGAAAUGGUUUUAAAAGGAACUUUUGCACCGAUGAUGAUGAUGGUUGCCUGCCGGAACAAAACAGCGAACACUACGGGACGCUACAUCUGCAAGAUUGAGAUUGCGGCGAAUUGCAAAACCCCCGUCGCAGCAGGGUGUCGAAGGAACGCAAAACAAUGGAGAGAGGGGAGUGGAGAAUAGGGAUAAUAAUUCCGGACAUAACGAAUGUAUUAAAUUUAAUUAUCCUUUCAACGAAACUCCACUCCACAGAUAAUACUUUCGCACCGGUUCCGAGUGAGUGAUUGUUGUGAGGUGGUUUCGACAAGUCCGGGGUUGGUUUAUGCUUUUCCAGCCUGUGUCUGCUGCCGGUUCCAUUGUCACGAACUUUGUUGCGUAGAUAGUAUGUAAUCAUUUUUGUGGUAAAAUAUUUCAAGAGCGCAAGAAAAUCGUCAUCUGGCGUGGUCGGUGGGGCGUCUUUUUUGUUAAUGCAACAACCGACUGGGUUGAUAUUAGUGAUUUGCUACCAUUCCUUACAAGCAAAUCUUUUGCAUCAAGUGGAAAACAAUAAGCUUCACUUCACUUUCUGCCCCUGUCAGCAGUUAUUUUCUGUUCAUUUUGCAACAAACUAGAUGACAGACCCGUGUCCUACGACAAAAUGCACAAAUCAAUCGCCUCCUGCUUCUCGUUAGCUGUGUACGGGCGUGUGUUGAUGCGGAAAGGUUCCUUGCCAAUUGUGCACGAUGACGAUGGAGUGUGGCUGUUCCCGGGAACAUCGAAGCGACCCAACGUUACCGAUGUUUGUCGUUCAGCUUUGUAAUUUGUUCCAUUUGCGCACCAGGGAAUCACCCAGAGAGACCGGAUCGUAACGGGCAUACUCAAGCGGCUGUUUCAAGCCCUGCAGCAGCAGCAUCGCACUAGAGAGCAAGAGUAGCCCCAUUGCAUGAGUGAUGAAGCGAAUCAACGCGCAAUCGCUUGUACAAGCGGCCGCGGCACGGUACACCCGAUGGAAGCGUGCUGAUCAAGAAGCAAGUUUUUAAUGAGUAUUUACCCAUAGCAUCAAAUCUUCUGUACAACCGAACCAUGUUGUAGCGCCUUUUUGCAGGGAAUUUCAAGUCUCUCUGUCCUAGGUACGAAUCAGCUAGGAAAGUAGCGAAAGUAAAAGCCUGUUUGCGUAACAUAUUUUCCACCGACUGGCACUGGAACCGUUGGUGUUUGUAGCCGUACCAAACACUUGGACAUAUUCCUUUAGACGCUUCAUGGAGGAGGACAUUUUCCGCUCCGAUCGCCCCGAGUUACGGUCAUGUAACGUUUUUUUCAAACUUUAUGCAAAUUUGCGACAAUAAUCAGAAUUGAUAGAAGAAUGAUUUGACUGUAAAAACUGUUCGUCAAAAGCGUGAAACAAAGAGAAGCAAAAGAAAAUGCCAAUGCCCCGAACUCUCAGUCGAAGUGAGAAAAUCAUUAUAAAUUGUUGCGGCCCUCAUGACUAUGACGAUAAACGAGCAAGCAUUUGAAGAAACGAUUUGCUUUGUGCCAAAAAAAACGGAAAAGAAAAGGGGUAACAAUUAUUUAAGGCUUGAGCAAUAUAAUCUGUUCGUAGCUAGUCAAGAAGUAACACGUAAAGUAGGAUUAAAUCGAAUCGCGCAGGGCCGGAGAGAGAGAGAAAAAAAACAAAGAACAAAUUAAAACAUUGUAUAAAAGCGAAUGUUUUUUUAUUUGUGUGUGUAUGUUGAAUAUGUCAGCAAAAAAGAAGAAUUCAAUUCGAAACAUUUGUGAUCAUAACGAGAGUGUUUGUCAUUGGUUUUUAACAUUUCUGUUCCUUAUGUUGUUUCGGUUUUUUGUUUGGUUUCAAUUGAAACGCGUUACACGCAAUAGCUGACACACCACUCAUAGCGAAUUUUCCGUGUAUUUAGGUUUCCUCCAAACCCCCUACCCCCCCUUUUGCGGCAAAGAAGAGAAAGAGACUUGAUUAUAGAAAUACAGGGAAAAUCAUUGAUAGCCAUUUCAAACUGCGACACAUCUUACAAGGCGGCGGCAAUAUUGCAAUGAUGAAUUAUUUUAGAUUAAUUUACUAGAAACAAAUGGUUAUAUUAAACAAACAAAAAAAAAACGAAGAAACAAAAGUACGAGAAGUGUAAUAAGAUUUGGCAUAUAGCGAUUACACAUUCGGAGAAAAUUCACUAUUGAGAUCUUGUCUUAUCGUACCGUACUUUUAGAGCAAUUUCAAUUGAAAUCUCAAUUCAAAAUGUGAACCAUCUUGCUGAUAAAACACUAGUGAGUCACUAAUUUCACGGACAAACGUGUACAGGGAAGGUUAUAAAGGCUGGUAACAAACAAAAAAAAGAACAAACGGUGGAUUAAAGUUUGCAAACCCGGAAAAGAACACAACUAAGUCAACUAACUCGAAUGAGGGAAAUUUGAGGACGCCAAAAAUGUAUAAUGCCAAAGCAAAACAGCAAAGUUAGGGAGAACGGAUGGUGAAAAACAAUGUGGAAAAAAAACGAUCGAAUUUAUCACAAAGUAAUUAUUUAAAAUAAUGACUUUUUUUUAGACAUUUUGUAAACAAUCCUUUUUUAAGAGCUUAAACGAACAAAAAAAUGAAAAUCUGCGCAAGGUUUAACGACGCGUUUACCGCCAAUAAGAUAAAAAACUAAGCUGUAUCUAGCAGAUAGAGAAAAGGAAACAAAGAGGAAAGAAAAAUUGUAAAGUUUAGCGAGUUAUGGUGUAAGAGUACUGGGAAAUGUAGGGAAAGAAAUUGGGACAAAUAAAUCCACACACCCAUCAACACCCAGGGAACAUCAAUGGAAACGAAUCACCACUUUCAAAAAACAAAAGUGAAACAAAAAACAUGUAAAUACCCUAACGAAACAAUUGUGGCAUGUCUGUAUUACAUGUCCUACCGUAAAAGAAUAUUAAACAAAACCUUGUACACAACGCAAAAAAACAUCGUAAAAUUAAAGAAAAGCUAUAACCGGGAAGAGAGAGAAAUAAAACCAAACGGAAAGAAUUCAUCUGGAAAAUUAGAACAGUUGGCUCUCUGCACAAAGGAGAUAGAAACCAGGACAUAACAUUUUUCUAUAGUUCGAUGUCUAACGCAAGGACAAUGAAAGAAAACAAAAAAUAUGUGAAAGUGUGUGUGUGUGUGUGUUGGAAAAGUUAAACCCCCCAAAAAAAAAGGAGCAGAGCGCAAAGAGUGCGUGUGAAAAAAUUAAGUAAAGAAAAAAAAACAAACAAUAUUUGUGAAAAUAAAAAAAGAGCUAUAUAUACAACAGAAGAAUACGAGAAAACAGGAUUCAAGAACAGAACAGGAUAAGCAGACCGAGGAGCAUAGUUUGCAAACAGAAAUAAGGCAACAAACAAACCAAAAAAAAGAACAAAAAAAAAAGAGAAAAACGAAGAGGAUUGUAAAACCACAUUAGAAGAAAACACAGUACAUGUUAUUGUAAUCAUUUAACAAGUGA